AUGCUCGACAAGCUUGCCGAGGAUCCUCCUGUGAGGGGAAUCCCCUAUAGCGAUGACAUGGAUAGUCCUUUUGCGGGAUUGCCAUCACUACAAGAAACGCCUUUCGCGGACCAACAGUUGGUGCUUCGGUUGAAGCUCCGUGCUUGCUGUGUCGUUUUCUACUUUGGUGAUGAAAACCCUCGCCUCCGAGACAAAAGAAGAGAUUUCCAAGAGAAGUUGGCCAAGCGUCAAGCGCUCCUGGAUAUUCUAACGUAUAUAAAUCAAGCAUGGAACUACUACGAUGACCAAGUGGCGGCAGAUAUUGUGGCAAUGACUGCGGCUAACAUAUUCCGCACGUUACCCCCUCGGGUUAAAAACCCAAUGGCUCUCUUCGAUUUGGAGGAGGAAGAGGCAGUCCUUGACCAAUCUUGGCCGCAUUUGCAGACAGUGUAUGAGAUUUUCUUCCGGUUCAUUGUGUGUCCGAUAGUUGAGCCUCGGUCGUUGAAGAAACAUAUAGAUAACAAGUUCAUAUCGAGAUUUCUAUUGACUUUCGAAUCAGAAGACUCUCGAGAGAGGGAGUACCUCAAGACAAUCCUACACCGCAUAUAUGGUAAAAUGAUGCCCAUGCGGGCUUUUAUCCGUCGCUCGCUACAGCACUCCCUCUUGCGUGUUACCAGUGAAUCAGCUGAGCACAACGGCGUAGCUGAGAUGCUGGAGAUUCUGGGUUCGAUAAUUAACGGAUUUGCUAUUCCACUCAAGGAGGAGCACAAGCUGUUCCUCGAAAAGUCUCUAAUGCCUCUGCACACCGCUCGAUCCCUCAACUCGUUCUUCCAGCCGCUCUCGUAUUGCAUCACACAGUACGUUGAAAAAGACCCUCGGCUGGCCACGAUGGUCAUUAAAGGACUACUGCGUUUCUGGCCGGUUACGAGCCCAUCAAAGGAGGUUCAGUUCCUCACUGUGAUGGAGGAAGUUCUCGAACUCACUCAAACACCAGAACUAGAAGUGAUAAAGUUGGCUCUCUUCAAGAGGCUAUCUAAGUGCCUCGUCAGUUCCCAUUUCCAGGUAGCCGAGAGAGCGCUGUUCUACUGGAACAACGACUCCAUCGUGCGUCUCAUCAACGAUAAUCGGCGCAUCGUCUUCCCUAUAACUGUUGGCCCUCUGUAUGAUAAUUCAUUAACGCAUUGGAAUAGUACAAUACAUGGGCUUACCUGCAACGUGUUGAAGUUGUUGAUGGAGGCUGAUCCUCCUUUAUAUGAUUCCUGCAGUGCUGCCCAUCGUUCGCA